AUGGAGACUGAGAGAAAAGAACUUCUCGAUUUCAAGGAAGGUCUCAUCGAUCAUUAUGGAAGGCUUUCCUCUUGGGUUGGAUUGGACUGCUGCAAAUGGCAAGGCGUAAGAUGCAACAACAGAACUGGUCAUGUCACAGGGCUUCACCUCGGAAGUUAUUCCUUGGGAGGAAAAAUAAAACCUUCUUUGCUUCCCUUGCAACAUUUAACUUUCUUGAAUCUUUCGGACAAUUCUUUUUGUGAGAACGAGAUUCCCAAGUUCUUUGGCAUGUUAAACAACUUGAGAUACCUUGAUCUCUCUCACUCAUGCUUUGCUGGAGAGAUUCCACCUCAGCUUGGGAACUUAUCGGCCUUGAAGAUUCUCGACCUGAGUUGGAAUAGCGGUUUGCAUGCAAAAAACCUUCUUUGGCUUUCAAGUUUUUCUUCACUGGAAUAUUUAGAUCUAGAAACAGUGAACCUUUUUGACGUAGGAGGAUAUUGGUCGAAAGCAGUGAACAUGCAUCCAUCUCUUGUGAGUUUAUAUUUGAAUGAUUGUGGUCUUACAAGCCUUGAUCUUACCCUUCCAUCGGUCAAUCUCACUUCACUUGAGCUCCUCAUUUUGCUUGACAAUUCAAUUACGUCUCCAAUACCGCCCUGGUUCUCUAACCUAACCAAUCUUGAAGUGCUUGAUCUACAAUCAAAUAACUUCUAUGGUACCAUCCCGGGUUGGUUUGGAAACUUGUGCAAGUUGAGAAUUUUGAGAGCCAAUUCUAACCGUCUUCACGGUGGAAUUGUUCAGUUUUUGGAUCGUUUCUCGGCGUGCCAAAAUAAUAGCUUGGAGAUCCUCUAUUUAGGAGGCAACGAUCUAGAAGGAAGUUUGCCAGCAUCAUUAGGAGCACUGAAGAAUUUGCAAGAAUUUGACCUCAACACUAAUUUCUUUUGGGGUUCAAUUCCGGCUUCUAUAGGGAACUUAUCAUCCUUGAGAUUCUUGGAACUUUCUGAUAAUAAUCUCAAUGGUACAAUUCCCGAAAGUUUUGGGAAACUCGCUGAGCUGUCUAUACUGAGUCUAGUAGGUAAUCAAAUGGAAGGUGUUUUGACAGAAACCCAUUUAGCAAAUCUCACAAAAUUGGAUUCUUUGAGGCUCACAACAUACCCAAACAGGUCACUGAUUUUUAAUGUGAAAUAUGACUGGGUAGGUCCUUCUUUUCCAGUUUGGCUUCAAAUUCAAAGCAAUCUUUUCUAUGUUAUAAUUUCAAAUGCUGGGAUUUCGGACACCAUUGAAGAAGAAUGGUUUGCCAGAUUAUUUUCUAGAUGUUGGCAGAUAGAUCUGUCUAAUAAUACAAUCAAGGCCAAGCUACCCACACAACUUUACUCGACAAAUCUGGAUAUAGUUGAUUUGAGCAGGAAUCGCUUCGAGGGCCAGAUCCCAUUUUGGUUGACUAAUGCAACGCAACUGUAUCUUCAGAGAAAUUUAUUUUCGGGUACUAUUCCAGAGAACAUUGGGGAACAAAUGCCACAGUUGGAGACAUUGUUUCUUUCUCGGAACCAGAUUAGCGGUAGGUUGCCAUCAUCAAUAUGCAAAAUGAAGGGACUAAAAUUUCUCUCUGUCGGGCACAACAGAUUCUCUGGAGAACUUCCAAAUUGUUGGAGUAAUUUGCAAAGCUUGAAAGUUCUGGAUGCCUCAAACAAUAGCCUAUCUGGUAAAAUCCCAAGUUCCCUGAGUUCGUUACAUAACCUCGUUUUAUUGAUAUUGAGCAACAAUAAUCUUCGUGGCAAUAUUCCUUAUCCUAAUUGCCGGCAAGUACCAAGGCUUUAUGUUCUACAGCUUCGGUCGAACUUGCUUGAGGGGAACAUUCCUGAACAACUUUGUUGUCUUUCUGGUAUCCACGAUUUGGAUCUUUCAGACAAUAAUUUAAUCGGGUCCAUUCCGAAAUGUUUCCAAAAUUUCACUGCCUUGAAAUAUGGCAAUUCAAGUUUGGAUUACGAAGAGUUAUUUGACCUCCAAGAUAGUACCAUUAAUGAACUGACACUUCUGGUUGGGACUAAGGGAAGAGAACUUGAAUAUAGCAGAACCCUUCUACAGGUCAAGAACAUUGACCUUUCAAAGAAUAAUCUUACAGAUGAAAUACCGGAUGGGAUAUGUAGCUUGGCUUUUUUGGACACCUUGAAUUUGUCAAGAAAUCAUUUCAGUGGAAGCAUUCCCAAGAAUAUUGGUGAUCUGCGAUGGUUGGAGUCCCUUGAUCUGUCGUACAACAAUUUUUCUGGGCCGAUUCCUCCAAGCCUCUCAUCUUUGACAAGUUUGGGUCACUUGAAGUUAUCAUACAACAACUUGUCAGGAAGAAUUCCAACAGGAAAUCAGCUCCAAACACUCAAUGAUUCGUCCAACUACGAGGGCAAUCCAUUGCUCUGUGGGGUUCCCCUCCUAACGAAGUGUGCAGGUGACGACUCUCCUUCUACACCAUCAUCUCAUCGUGGCGUUUCAAAAGACAAGCUAUGGCUCUAUUUUAGCAUUGCUAUGGGAUUUGCUGUGGGAUUUUGGAGUGUUUGCGGUACCUUGGUUUUGAAGCAGUCAUGGAGGCAUGCUUAUUACCGGUAUGUUGAUGACUUGAAGGAAAGAAUGUUACUUUGGAUUGCAUUGGCAGCUCGCUCGCGAAGGAUGAAUGAUCGGGGAAAUAAUUAA